AGAUGUGUGGGGUGCAACCAGAUGGACUCUCACUAGACUGCGACUGCCACACUUCAAUGACUCGAAUCUGAAGGGGAAUCACCAGGGCAGGAACAGAGGAGAAAAAAGGGGUGGGACGGGCGAGGGCGUGUUGGAUCAGCGUUCACAAAAGCACCAGCAAAACCCGUGACACAUAUAGUGGCCUCUUGCUCUUCACCUCCACACGAGGCCGGCAGGACCCUGGUGGGCCUCUCGCUCCUGUUCCACUCCCACAGUACCCCAAGGGCCAGGGAAAGGCCUCAUCCCUGUCCGUAGGAGCCACGUCGACAGUUGUAUUCAAGCAAAAUCUUUACUCUGUAAACACCCGGUUGUCUUAGGUGUGGCAGGACGUGCUCUGGUUCAUUUAGUUUCAUCUGGCCCCAUGGAGGGACUCGAAGAGCCGAAAUUUGCCCUGAGGGGCCUGAAUGAAAGGCUGAAGGGGUUCCUGGAGCACGUGAAUCAGUUGGAAUGGACCAAUCGUGAACUGGAGGAGCAGAUUGCAGAGUGCAGAUUGAGGAACGUUGUUCUGUGGUGGGACUGGAGCGACAAGGAGGCGCUGACACAGGAACUGCGAGCUCAGGUUAGGAUGAUCAUAAUGGAAAAUGCAGAAGUUUUGUUACAAUCCGAUGCAGUGAAACUCAGGGCAGCACAUUUAAAGACCAGGUGUGAAACCGAGAAGAAACUCCGUCUCCUAAAGGAGCAGGAGGUGUCACAGCUGAAGAUAAAGAAAAUAGACGUGGAAACAUCCAACACUCUCCUGGAAAAACAGCUUUAUGAAUACCAAAAUGAGUUACAGCAAAUCGUGGAGGAACAUGAGAGAGAGCUGGACCAGCACCAGCGGCGAGCAGUAGAGGAGUGUGAUAGAGUACUACUGCAGGUUGCUGCAGGAGAGGAUGGCAGAGGAAUGGAUCUCUCCCGGACCAGCACCCAGUGCGACCACUCCAGCCCAGCCCAGAGCAGCCCCGACUCAGCCACGCCACCAAAUCCAGCCCCAGGCUCUGGUCCCGCUUCACAGAGAAGGCCCCAAAAGGAUGCAACCAGCCCCAAAGCUGCGUUUCCGCCACAGGUGAGAGCAGGUGACGAGGCCCUGAAAGAGGCACGAGCCGAGCUCACAGAGGCCCGAAAGAGAUGGCACCGUCUACAGGUGGAAAUUGAAUCUCUACAUGCCUUGGAGAGGAGUCUCCAUAGCUCUCUACACCACACUCAGCUCCAGUACUCUGUGCAGCUCAAGGAUCUGUCCCAGUCUGUCAGGAGUCUGGAGUCUGAGCUAGAAACUGUGCGGGACGGUCUGGAAGUCCAGAAACAGAACCAUACCCAGCUCCUCAACACCAAGAUGAGGCUGGAGAGAGAGAUCGCAACCUAUAGGAAACUCCUGGAACAUGAGGAGGGCAGGUUUCUGAACUCAGAUGGUCGGCCUCUAAAGCUGAAGCCAUGGAAGGGCUCAGUUCCUGCUCCAGAGCAGAACGGCCUGCACAACGGAUGUGACGAGGAUAUCGCCGAGCCGUUCUUCACUGAGAUGACUCCAAAAAUAAGCAUAAAACCAGUCAUAAACAAAGAUGGGGAGAUCUGUACUGUGAAGACUCAGGAGAUUCUGGAAGGAAAUGUAGUGAGGGAGAGUGCGGAGGGUCACGGAAAUGUGGAGACAGAGAAGAUUGACAAGGUCAUCAGGCAAUGGGAAGGGUCAUUCUUUAAAGGAAAUCCCAAGCUGAGGAAGAAAUCUGUGUCUCUGCGUUUCAACCUUCAUAUGGCUGUAGCGGAUGAGGGUUGCAGCCAGAUAAAACAGGACAGUCUCCCUAACGUGGAGGUCCGUCUGGUCAUGAGACGGUCUCGCAGCAUACCCACUUUUGCCCAGUGUAAUGCUACUACAUCACAACUGUGACCUCACAAUGCUACUGCAUUACAGUUGAGUAGUGGUGACCACGUCUCAAUGUCUCGGCGGCUAAUAAAGGCAAAUCACUUUAGUGACGUCAUAGAACUUUUGCCUUUUGAAAGAAAAAAGCGUCACAUCAUCAGUAAAGCGUUCAAAAACAAAAAACUCAAAUAGCUUUUAUGAUUGUAAUGAACUCAUGCAGAUAAAGCUACUUAAAGAAAUUUCAAGGCAAAUUAAUUUGUAGUUGAUUUAUUUUACUUCAAACUUAAUGAAUGGGAGUACGAACGUCUUGCAGUGUUUCAGAUUUCGUACAUUGUGACUUUAGAGUGUGACGCGCUCUGUGGACGCUCUACUGCCACAUUAUUGAUUAUUAGCACAUAUUACGUUACUGAAAACCUAUAAAAACUAUUGGUUUCUGAAAAUGUGUAUAGUUUAUACAUCUAUCGAGCUGAAUCUUCAGUCUCAGUGAGAAAAGGUCAAUGUGGAUACAGAGAUUUCACAUUCAGUGCAGCGUUAAAAAAAGAUGCCUUAUUGCAUUUGACAAAUGUUACUGGAACUAAUUUAACACUCCAGUGAACGCUAAGGGGGUAUGAAGUUCUGGUUCUGCAGGAGACUGUAGUGUGAACCAAAACAAAAUAUUGCGAAAUUUGCAAGUGUAGCUAAAAUCUGCAGCCAAAACAAAUGAUUUAUGGUGAAACCGAUGUACUGUCCUCACGAUAUUGCCUGCAUGGAUGUGUACAGAAUGACUAGCAGUCUAUCACUGCAGAGAGAAUGAGAUGCUAAAAGUGAAAUGUUGACUAUGAUCUUCUCUAUUACUUACACUCGCCUAUAAAAGUUAUAUUGCUUUGUAUUACGGAUGCAUAUAGUUUACGCUUUAUUUAAAGUGCAAAUACUGUGUCUUCCAAUCAAAAAUUAUGCAGGAUUGUUCAGAAAACUUGAAAUGAUUAUACUUCAACAACCAAAAAAAAAAAAGGAUUUUGCAUUUCUCAUCUACACGUUAAUCAUUUAAACUGAUUUAUUUACAUACCCAUUAUGUUCUACCUCUGAUGGUUGUUGUACUGUAAAUACAUGGGGUUCUUCCUGAUGCAACAAAGAAAUGGAUACAUAUGCAUAUAUUUAAUUAAAAGUUAUAU